UUUCUAACCUCUGUACACAUUCACUACAUUUACUAUGUAGUUUCUCAAACUUAAAAAUGAGUAAAAAGAAAAAGUUGGACUUAAGAAAACUCCGAAACUAACAACAAAAGAGGAGUUAUUAGACUUGAAUAAAGAAGAACUUGUUGCUCGCUUUCUUUCUCUUCAAGCACACAAUCAACAACUUAAAAACAUUAUAAACAAGAACAGCAAGUUAUUACAAAGUAAUAAACAACCAAAACCAGAAGAAUCACUAUAUAGUAAUCAAAGAUCAUUUGAUUUUCAAAAAUACACAUUCAGACAUGUUUUACUGAAAUUUUACUAUCUUGGUUGGGAUUAUCAUGGAUAUGUGAUACAGGAAGACACCACUAACACCAUUGAACACUAUAUUUUUGAAGCAUUGAUGAAAACAUGUCUAAUUAAAAGCAGAGAAGAGUCUAACUAUCAUAGAUGUGGAAGAACUGACAAAGGAGUUAGUUCAUUUAGUCAAGUAAUAUCAAUUGAUUUAAGAAGCAAAUUAAAUGAAGAUAAUAAAAAUAACUUAAAUGAUGAACUUAAUUAUUGCCAGACUUUGAAUAGAGUCUUACCUGAGAAUAUUCAAUGUGUUGGUUGGAUGCCAGUUGAAGAAGGUUUCAGUGCAAGGUUUGAUUGUAAACACAGAGUUUACAAGUACUUCUUUCCAAAAGGAUCAUUAAAUAUUCAAAAAAUGAAUGAAGCAUGUGAAUAUCUUCUGGGCCCACAUGAUUUUCGUAAUUUGUGCAAAAUGGACGUCGCUAAUGGCGUCACUGAAUUUAUUAGAAGUAUAGAACACAUCCAUGUGCAACCAUUUGAAAAAAAUCGAGAUAACGAAUCGAAAUGCAGCCAGGAAACAGAAUAUUCUAUGUAUGUUUUUACCGUUCAAUCAAAGGGAUUUUUAUGGCAUCAGAUACGGUGCAUAAUGGGUGUGUUAUUUUUGAUUGGGGAAGAAAAAGAAUCUCCAGAAGUCAUCAAAGAACUUCUCGACGUUCAAAAAAACACCAGAAAACCAGAUUAUAACAUGGCAUGUGAAACACCUUUGAAUCUAUUUCAUUGCGAGUACGAUCAUGAAAAUCAAUGGCAUUACGAUUUGACAGCUUUACAAGCAGUGAUUAAAGUGCUUCAAGGACAAUGGACGGUCGCCAAUGUCAAAUCGACUAUGAUGAAAGCAAUGUUAUUCGAACUAGGAGACAUUCAGUCGCAGUUAGAAUCGAACAAUGUUGAGCAUGCAAAUAAAUUCGCCAACGUGCUCAACCAAGAUAACAAAACGAAGCGAUAUGUUCCGUUAAUGAACCGACCAAAAUGCGACAGCCUGGAAGUGAAAGUAGAGCACUAUCUAAAACGUCGUAAAUUGGAAAUCAAAACCGAUAACAACAAAUAAAAUUGCUACCAAUUAAAACCAA